GCUGCCGGGGCUCCAGUUUCCGCCCGGGCCUCUUCUCGCAGGCGCGGUCUUCUGCGCCCCGCGGCUUCCGGUCCACUGUGGGUCUCAACCAGAGACAUGGGGAAAGUCAGGGGGCUGCGGGCCCGCGUGCACCAGGCUGCUGUGAGGCUCACGGCUGAGUCCGCGCCCGGCAUCGCGCCUCCGGCCCAGGAGGGGGCCCCUCCGCAGACCUCGGCUGGCGGAAAGGAGUGGGCGUUUGUGAACACUGACAUCUUUGCCAGGACCAAGAUAGAUCCCAGUGCCUUGGUGCAGAAGCUGGACUUGGACACAAGGAGUGUUGCUUCCUUCAGGAGAGGUGCCGAGGCGAAGACGAUUUUGCCCAAGAAGGAGAAACGGAAGCUGAGGCGUGAGCGGUGGCUGCAGAAAAUCGAAGCCAUAAAGCUGGCUGAGCAGAAACUGAAGGCGGAGCGGAGGCGGCGGGCCACGGUGGUGGUGGGGGACCUGCAGCCCCUCCGGGACGCCCUCCCCGAGCUGCUGGAGCUGGAAGCUGGCGCCCGGCGGCCGCGCACCCGAGGAACCAGCAGCAAGCCCCGGCCGGCGGAGCUUAGCCAGAUGAGCGCGGCGCAGAGGCUCCAGCUCCUUGAGGAAGAAAGGACCCGCUUCCGGGAUCUACUGGCCAGUCCCGCCUACAGAGCCAGCCCCCUGCAGACCAUCGGGCAGCAGCUGGCCCGGCAGCUGCAGCUGGACGGCGGUGGCCUGCUCUGACCCGGCCUGGGGUGUGCCGUGAGCUCCAAGGAUGCACAUGAGGCGCCAGAGAGGGCCGACUCCUCGCCAUCAUCACCCGGAUCCUGGAGGCAGCCUCCUCGGCUCUUGUUAGGGCCGGUGGGCAGCCCCUCCCGCCCCCUAUGGAGGGCGAAUAAACGCCGUGUGAACUCAGGCAGUGGGACCGCGCUUCCUUCUGUGCCUUGGCUGUCCCGUGAGCAAGACAGUAAUUGUUACAAGUCCCGGGUUUGCAGGUUGGGCUGUAGAAACAUUGACUGAAACCUUCAAUCUGAGCAUGUGGAAGGGGGUGGAUACCUUCAGGAAUGAGAUGGGGUUUGUGCUGUGCGGGGACCAGCUGACCACGUUCUCGGGGGCAGUGGAGAAUGUGUGGCUCAGGAGGCUGGCCCUGGGUCCUCUGCUCGGGGGCCCUGGUCACUGGUGGCUGGAAUUGCCUCAGAGCCUUGGCUGGUGUGUGGGUCCCACCCUCAGACGGCUGGAUGAUUGGACCGAUGGCUGCCUCGGGGUUGCAUGAGGCCUCCUUCCCGGCAUCCACCAUGCCUGACGUAUGUGCCAGCCCUCAGAGGGACUCAGACCCCAUGUGUGCUCCACACACUGGCUUUCUCCAGGUUUGUGCAUGGAGCCCAUGUAACAUCUGCCAGUGGGGUGAGCCAGGCACAGCAACUGCACCCCUCAGGGUCCUGUGCUACUGGAAGCCAGUGCUGUACAAACAGCCGCUGUGCUGCUUCUGGAAUGUUCCUUGUGCGGCGAUAAAACCGGUGCCGGCAGUCUGGGCUGAGGUCAUGGUGCUGAGACUGGGGCCCAGCCCCUCAUGCUUCCAUGGGUUCUCGCCGAUGACGGGUUUUCCAGGGUGCCUGCUUCCAGCAUAUCGGAGAGCUGCUGGCUGGCGGAGAUAGCAGGACGCCGGCCUUCCGGGCCUUCUCUGGUGGAUUCCCAAGGCAGCUGGGCCUGGGCCUGGGACAGCAGGUCUGCACGAAGAAAGAAGCCUCUUAGUUUAAAAUCAGAGAGACUCAGCCAAACGGUUUCCUUCUAAAGAUGUUCCAAUAAUGUUGGUUAAAAUGACAGUUACAUGUAUAUUCCUG